UGUAAUUAAAUAUUUGUGUAUUUUAUUUAACCAUGGCCCUGCCUUAAUAUUGAACAUGAGUGUAAAAAUACUUAACAUUAGUCUGUUCUCAUUGUCUAAUCUAUUUACCAUAAACAAGGUAAUACUUAUAGACUACAUUGCCAUGUAUUGUACAUGGCAACAAUGUUCAAAUAAGUUUGUAGCUAGGUGGCGCUGGGUGUUUUCUUCUUCCCGUCAUUCACACUUGAUAGUUUUUUACUUUUUACAUUUCGGUAGUUUAGUUGGCUGUAAAAUUAUUUUCGUAAUGGCUGCCACGCUAAAGUGUAGCUCAUUGGUUAUGUCAUGUAUAUAAAAUCAUUAUUCUUAAGUGUUACAUGUGUAAUUCAACAAGUGUUAUGAACAAUGAUCGCAUGAAAGGAGUCUUAGUUUCAUUCUCGCAGGGACGUUUCUUCUUUCAUGUUUCCUUUUUUGGCAAUUAAGUUAUGGACUCGGCAUUUGUGUACUGUAUGUAAUAAAAACAUAAUCUAUGCGUCGUGAAAAGUGUUCUCUGGGACCAUAUUGAGUGGAAAGUGUUUCGAGAGAGUUGAAAAUGACGGAUACGCGUUCGUCGUCUGCGUUGUUCAAGCGCGCGGAGCAGCUGCGGCGAUGGGAGGAAUCCGACACCAAUAAACAGAGCCCGACUCCUAAGCUGGCGUCGAGGAUCCAGUUUUCCUCUGGGAUCGUGUUCCUGGCGGCGUGCACGGCGGGUGACAAGGACGAGGUGCAGCGUCUUCUAAAAGCGGGAGCCGACAUCAACACUGCGAACGUGGACGGGCUGACAGCUCUGCACCAGGCAUGCAUCGACGACAACCUAGAAAUGGUGGAGUUUCUCGUGGCGCACGGUGCGGACGUGAACCGCGGCGACAACGAGGGUUGGACGCCGCUGCACGCCACCUCCUCCUGCGGCUUCCUAAGCAUAGCCAGGUAUCUCCUUGAGAGCGGAGCGGACGUCGCAGCAGUGAAUUACGAUGGCGAACUAGCUGUCGACAUAGCUGAGAGCGACGCAAUGGAACAGAUGUUACAGAAGAUUAUCGAUGAAAAAGGUAUCGAUUGUGAGAAAUCUCGUAACGCCGAAGUGGACAACCUGCUCAGCGACGCAAAAAACUGGGCGGCGAAUGGCUACGUCGAAGUCAGGGAUCCGAAGACCGGUGGCACGCCACUCCACGUCGCCGCCGCCAAGGGUUAUAUCGAUGUGGCCAAGAUGCUUCUAGAAGAGUGUGGCGUGGAACCCGACUGCUUAGACUACGAGGGUUGGACGCCGCUGCACGCCGCCGCGCUCUGGGGGCAGAGGGAGGCUGCUGCGCUUCUACUCAAGUGUGGGGCCGAUCCUCAUAUCAAGAACUACUCGGCCCAAACAUGUAUGGACCUAGUGGACCCGAGCAUAUCAUCGUGGCUCGCCGACGCCAUCCUCAAAGCGCCGCGGCGCGUCAACAACAACAACAAACGCAAGCUCUCGCCGCCGCGGCACGAGGUCAAGCGGGUCGAGUUGCAGAUCACAGGGGACGUGGUUAAUGACAAGCCGCCCGCGCCGGAAAUCAUUAAGGACAGCAAGCCGCCGAAGGGGCGCGCGCCUUCACCCGAUGCUGAGGAGGAGGCGCCGUCAUGGCGGCGCACGGCCAGCUUCAGGAAACAGGAAGUCACACGCGAGAACAAACCAGCGAAUAACGCUGUCGACAACGACACCAUACUCAGAAGGACGCACAGUUUCGAGAACGACAAGACUUUCUAUCAGCGCUACCGCGACGUGACGGCGCGUAUAAAGGCCUCCUCCUGCCCCUCUAUACCUCCGCCGCCGCUCGCUGAGAAGGAGACUAAUGAUACUAACGAGGAAGUUCAGACAAGAUUAAACUCGACAGCGGAAAAGCGAGAGCGAGACGCCAACACAUGGAGUCCCACGUCCACCGCCGCCAACACAAACACAACCAACACCAACACCACAACACAGACCACUGUCAGGAGCUCCUCGGACGCGGACAGUAGCAAUUCCACGUCCAGCUCGGCGACCCCCACCAAACUGUCGCCCGGGAAUAUAUUCAAGAACUUCUUCAAGUCAUUCGUGCCGCCGGUGCGCGACGAGGAGAGCGAGACGCAACGAAAGGCGCACGCCAAGCGAGUGAGAGAGACGAGGCGGUCGACUCAAGGCGUCACGCUCGACGAGAUCAAAUCCGCGGAGCAGCUCGUCAAGAAAAAGACUGGCAAUGGCACCACAGAGUCGCCCGCGCCAGCUAGUCCCAAAAAAGAAGAAGCUCCUUCACCGGUCCCCGUCGAAAACAACUCGACGCGGGACGUAGCGGUCACCGUCGCGCUGGCGUGCGCGACCGCCGCCGCCACCGCGACCAUCGCGCCGCACGAGCGGCGUCCGUCGUGGCGGCUCCGGCUCGACCCGACCAAUAAGUUUGAGCUGGAGGAUGCGGGUCGGCCGCGCUCCACGGACGCGACCGUCACGCUGCCGCUGCGGCGCCCGCCCGCUGCGAGCACGGCCAACACCGCCUCCCCGCCGUCCAAGGAGGAGAGUCGCGCCGGCGAAGAUGAAAAAGAGCGCGAAAGCAGUUCCGAGAGCAAAUCAUCAUCGAACGCCUCCCCCGCGAGUACACAGGCCGCGAUGAACGUGAUCCAGCGCCGGCGCAGGCCCAAGCGGCGCUCCACCGGCGUCGGCCACGUCGACAUGGAUGACAUUGUGAACGAUCGCGGUGGGGGCGGAGAGGGAGAUGGCGAAACAGAAACUGUCCAGUCGGGAAGCGAGCGCACAGAGGACGGCGAGGACAUCGACUACAAGGCGCUAUACAUCGCGUCUUCCAGUGAGGUCCGCCGCCUGCGCGCCCUGCUGGCCACCUCCGAGCAGCAGCUGCGUGACGCGCGUGCCACCAUAGCGCGCACCAGCCAAGUGAAUCAAAACUCGCUAUCAGACAUCGAGAAACGUGAGAAGCGAGCCAUGGAGAGGAAACUAUCCGAAAUGGAGGAGGAAUUAAAGCAAUUGCAAAAGCUAAAAGCCGAGAACGAACGGCUGAGGGCCGAGAAUCGCGCCCUGACGCGGGUCGUCAGCAAGCUUACCAACUCGGCCACGAAAUAGUACCAGCAAGCGCUCCAAGCUGAAAACCAGCGGCUAAAGGACGAAAACGGAGCCCUAAUCAGAGUGAUCAGCAAACUGUCCAAGUGAGCGUGGGUUUGCACAGGAAGGCAUUUGAACAGUAUUUAGCGACACGAUCCUUUGCUCAUAUCAAGUGGUACCUAGUCCAGCUUCACACCGCAUUACAUGUUAUCCGAGUUAACGCGCUCUCAGGCCUGAUGUCUUUUACUUUCAACCAGCUUCCUCUUGAAUGAAAAUCGUGAUUUCUAGACACUGAUAGGCACUUAUUUGAAAUGGUCACUAAUAUUGGUCCGAUUUUUUUUCAUCGUUAACAUAGAGAAAUAAGUAAUAGAGUGCUCACUCCAUACAUCAGUUUUGGUACUAAAAUGCUUAUUAUGCGAAUAUAAUAAUCAUUCUGGUACCAAAACUGAUGUAUGGAGUGAGCACUCUAUUACUUCUUAUUUCACUAUGUCGUUACCAAAGUGACAAAGCUCUUUAAAUAAACAUAAAAAAAAAUAUCAGUAUCACCAUGACAAUUUAGUCUCGAGAGGAAAACACGUUAGGUAAUAUGUAGGCUUGGGACUUUUGGAUGCUCGCCGUGGUUCUAGAAUCCACGGAGUCACCACAUGUUAGAAACAUAUUAACUUGUAUGUAUACUAAAAUAUAUAUAACUCUACUACUAGUAGUAAACAUAAUAAACUAAAACAACACUCUAAGUAACAAUAACGUCUUCUCCAAUCUAAUAUUAGUCGGCACUUCUAAACCUCUGAUGAGGUACUGGCUUUUGGAAUCAGUGCAUAAUAAUCAUCAUCUAUUACUAUUUCUUCUUCAUCAUUAAAAUGGUAGUAAGAAUGGAUCAUUAUUAUUUUUUCUAUAUAUAUUUGUUUAUUUUAUCGUUUUCUAUACGCGGAGCAAUAUGUAGGAUUCGUCUUUACUUACUGCUAGUUCGUUGCAAGGCUCUAUCCAAUCUAACGACAAGCUAUUUUCACCACAGUAAUUUUGAUAGUAUAAACUUUUAACAUGGUUAACACCAAACAUUUUUUUUCUGUAGGGCUAAGAUGGUUCCAUUUUUAUCGCUUGUCGCUAUGCCCGUCACUUUCGCACUUACAUACUUGUUAGAACGUGACAGGCAUGGUGACAAAUGAUAAAGAGCCGACCAUCUUAGCCCUACUGAUUUGAAAUAUACAUCACAUAAUUUGAAAUCUUCAUCAUAUUGUAACUUCUACUUUUAAAUUAUAACUAUUCAUUUUAAAUUAUAUCCAAAAGUCCCAAGCCUACAAUAUGGAAUGAACUAUACUAACAUUAGAAUCAGAUGACUCCUUUUAUACAUGCCUCGCCUGGACUCGAGGACGUUUUCAAAUUUUCGGAAAGAUAACUGUAAAUUUUUUACGAAAAUCAAUUGACACUGAUGCUGCUAGAAAAUUAAACUUGACGGGUGUUCUAAAAAUUCAGAUGGUCAUAAUAUUUAACUUUCGAAAUAUCUCAGCAAUAUUUUUAGAAUAGUUGUAAUUUUUCAAAGCCAUUUCAAAUCUGCUUGUCUGUUGUCGAAAAGUUGCGAUUUAGGCAUUUUUUUUACAUAUGAACUUACAAAGCCUUAAAUACAAAGAGAAAGCUACGUGUUUAAUUAAUUACAAUAACAUGUACGUAUUCAAGCAGGAUACGACGGCUAUUGAGAUGCUUUACUCUAUAAAUAUAAAAAAAUCGCUUUAAAAAUGUAUCACUUCGAUUAUUUAAUAGCUAUGCCAAAUCGACUUGAGCAAUGAGCGUAAAGCCAAAUUAAUUGCAGUUAGAGCCAGACCAAGAUAAGUCUGCAUCGAUUUUGAUAGCACACGCAGGGUAAGUGUUAUUUUAAACGGCAAACUUAUAUGAAAUUAUGACGCGAAAAUAACACUUGCACUGCGUGUGCUAUCGGAAUCUUAGCAGAUUGUUCUUCGUCUAAUUCUAAGAUUAUCACUCUUAUUACAAGGAAAUAAAUUAUUUUCUGAUCGGCUUAAAUUAAAUUAAAUUUAGUAUUCUUUUUAUUUAUUUGAAUUAUAUAGUGGCAUCCCUUUGCGCAAUGUUUAUUUGGCAUAGAUCAGUGAGUGUGUAGCGAGUAUUGGUGAGGUGUGUCCGUGCCGCGGUGUGAAGUUCCGAUUAUAUUUCCGUUUUGUUAACUCUAGUUGUAUUACAGUCGGCCGAAUAUUUCGACCGGCUCUUGCCACAAUAUUUGUAACCUGAUGAGUUUUUUUAAUAAUAAUGUUUCAAGCGACGACCGAGCUGUCAAAUGAAUUAAUGAUUAUAAGUUGAUUUUUUAUUUUAUGAUAUCGAUGGUUAUAAAAAAUGAAUCCAUAAAAUACAGGAAAACGAUCGUCUAUUUACAUUAUUAAUGAAAUGUCAUCAGAUAAUUACUCAAAUCAACUUAAAUAUAUUUAAUUCGUCAUGAAGUUAUUUUUGUAAGGCAAAAUGUAUUUAUGUUGAAUGUGGUUCAAUUAGGAUCAGUGUCUGUAGAUUGUAAUUAAGAUUUUCAUUGACUAAAAAAACAAAUGUGCCUCAAUUGAUUCUUCCUUUGACGUUAUAAAGUAUUAUAAUAUAUUUAUUGUCAGACGUAGUUAGGGACGACAGGUUGGUGCGGGGUCGUGUGCCCUAAUCUUUGUACCAUCAGUUAUAAAAGUGCAUGGCGACUUUAUCACUGAAUUUGUUCAUAAUUUCUCCAUGCAAUUUCGCAUCUCACUGUACACCCAAAGAACCGGACAGUUAUCUUAUUAAAACUUAUAUACUACGUAGGAGUCAACCCAGCCUGCUGGGUAUAGUGGAUAUAGUCCCGCUUAUCAACUUCGAUUUUAUACUACAACUAUUAGCGAUGAAAAGUUGACUGUUGUAUUCGCUCUAUAAUCUACGAAUAGUGCAGUGUCUAUUACGUGACAUUUUUUUAUUUAUUUAAUGUUUCUUUGAAUAUUCGUUGGAUUAUACAGGCGAUCUUUGGGUGGCAGUCAUAAUGUGUUUUCAUCAUCUUUUCCUAUUGUAUUAUGAGAUUAGAAUGCCAUUAAUAAUGUCUGCGCAGUCACCUCCAACAUUUGAGCGGGCGAGACUGUUAAAUUUGACUUGUAAAAUUAUAAAAAUUGACAUGAACUUAACUUUUUUAUACACGUUAGAACUAUAGUUAAUUGAGUUCCUCCGCUUAGAUGUAAGUGGCGGUGACAUCGCCUUACGAAUCAUUUAUUUCACAAAGGUUCCAAGUCGAUUAGUCCACGUGGCCGGUCGUUGUGAAGUAAGUGUUCAGUGAAUGGUAUACGCCGCCCCUAUAGAGUCCGCAACGUUGACCUUGAUGUAUUCCUAGAUGUUAUAAGACGUGUAAAGUAGCCUAGUUUUACGUUACUAUAAAUCGCGCUGCCGCGCCUAAUAAUUUCGUGUAGUUAUAUAUAUCUCGAAUUACUAAUAUCUAUUUAUAUACGCAUAGUGUUUUUAAGCAAUAGUUGAAAAUUGGAAAUGUGAUAUGUUGAUUUUGUACGCACCGAUAAGCAUAUAUAAGUUAUAUGAAUUUACUUGUUUUCUCUUGUAUAUUUUUAAUGUGAGCAUCGGACUUUGAACGUUUUAGGGGCCAUUCGAAGGACUCCUGGUAUUAUAUGGAGUUACAUUACUAUUAUGACCAGAACAAUACUUAACUUUACGCGUUAUUAAAUAUGAUUACAAGUAUAUGCUUAUGGGAUAUCAAAGGCACCUAAGUAUAUACCGAUAAACUAUGCAAAUAUUACCUUAAAGUUAUGCGCUUACUGCGACGCGCUUCGGACCGCGAGACUUUACAUAUGUGACAAUAAUAUAGGAACCCCGACCCCUGUGGGUAUUUGUAUAGUUUUGGCUGAGCGUGGGCGAGGUAAGGAUUUAACAUUGUGUGUAUUCAAGACGUAAGCGCAAACUACGAACAUGCGUUUAAUUAAAGUAUUUGUCUAUGUCAAUUCAAUUUAUUAUUCGUAUGUUCGUACUUCGUAUACAUAGUAUUAUGACAGACCUUAUUUCAAAGCAAUUAGGUAUAGUUUUGAUUGACGUAACCUUGGUUAAGGAUAGGGCUCGGUGAGUGGAUGAAGGCAGCGUACUCAGCUUAGCCGGACUAGUCGCGCGGCGCGGCCUCGCCUGCCGCGGUUGCUUGCUACCCGACAUCCUAAACAUAAGGGGAGCAUGCUUUCUGAUGUAUUUACCUUUUUCGCUCUGACGUGUAAUUGCGUCCUUCUUUAAUUGGAGGGCUUACUAAAAUAGCAAGAUUUUAAUGAUAUUUAUUUCUGAUACUAUACAUGGAAAAUAAUUUGAAUUAUAUUUGUUUAACUAAUGCCGCUCGUGCGUAUAUGUUUUAAAGCAAAGAAUGUAAUAAAAAUAUAUUAAUUUAAUGUUAUUUAAAAUGUUUACAAUGCCGUCAACCAGGUCUAUUGUAUUGUAUAAAUUCGUAGCAUUUUUUAACUUAGCGGUUCUGAUUUUUGUUCAUUAAAGUUUUUUAUUUAUUUCCAGAGAUAAGAGUUAAAUGAAAUAAAUAUCUUGAUUAAUUUA